AUGUCAGCAGUAAGAGACGAGAGAAGCUACACUUUUUUGUUGUGUUAUCUGUAUAAAAACAAUUGUUUGAAGUUGAGGUUUAUGGGUAUUCGGGGAUCAAUUUGGGAAACCUCUUGGAGCAAACUUUUACAGAAGACAUGGCAUGCGGGUGUACAUGAGUUUCCCUUUCUUUAUGCUCGUAUGUUUCGUCAAUUGCUAACUCCUCAUCUUUGGUUAUUCAUUUUUAAGGGAAGACAAAGGAUCACAAGGAGGGAUUUCCAUCUCUUGGCUGUGAAGCCAUCCUUGCCGGCGAACGGGUCAACUUCGGUCCUCCUCCUUCUCCUGAUUGCAAACACAUGA